AUGGACAGUCUAAGUCUUCUAAAAAGACUAUUGACCAAAAUUUUUAAAAAUGAAAAAAUAUCAAUGUUUGAGACACAGGAGUUGCUGAAAGACGACAUGGAGUCAAAUAUGGGAUUAGAGAUUGAAAGCAGUAUGCUUUUUAAUGAUUUAAAUAGGGAAGAUGCUGUGUAUUUAACCAUGCCAUUUAUAAGCGGACUACUCAAUAGCGAUAUGCAUAAGUUGGCAAAGUAUGUUGAAGGCAUCAUUCAACUUGAUGUUUUUGAGACUAAAGAUAGUGGCAAUUUUGAGCUUUCUGAAAUGGAAACGCCUGGCAUGAAAUACUCUGUGACUUCAGAUGCAUACUGUUUUAAUCCUCAAAGGGUUUAUACUGAUAUUCUAUCGGGAAAAUUGGCCAGAAAUGACAAAAUUCACAUACAUAACAGAAUUAUGAACUUUAGAUUUGAUCACAUUGAUUGGGAAGAUAAGGAUUUCUUGAAGGAGAUGAUGAAGUUUUGCUUUUACAAGGCUUUAUUAUUAAUUAGGACACUGAUCAAUGAGGAUAGCAUACACAAAUUAUCAGACAAUCCUCCAGAGGAGAACGCAACCCCAACACAGAUAUAUAAAUUGAUGCCAUGUGGACAUCUUAAUCCUAUUGAGUUAAAGCGCAGGGAUCUGUUAAAAAGGAGGCUUGAUCCAACACAGACCUUGGAUGAGUACGUUGAAAGUUUAUUAAAGCUUCAGUCAAAAAUUAGUACAAGAAGCAACGAUAGAAGCCUAGACAAUGAUAAACAUUUUGAAGAAGGCAGCGAGGUUCAAAAAUUAAGGCAAAGCGAGGAUUUCGAUGAUUUUAGAAGAAACUUUCGCGGAAAUACAAAGAAUAUUGGUUAG